GAAAAUCGCCGUGAGAUGGAAGACUGGCUGCAAGCACUGAAAGUGGCUUCGACGAGAGAAUUCUUCGAAGCUGGGCCACCCGAUCAGCAUGACUUCCUUUCCGGGCACCACCACUGGUAUGCUACUUCCCACGCUAGGCCCACCUACUGCAACGUUUGUCGGGAAGCUCUAUCUGGAGUUACCUCGCACGGUCUGUCGUGUGAAGUGUGUAAAUGCAAGGUGCACAAGCGAUGCGCUGCUAAAGCGAUAUCCAAUUGCAAAUGGACUACUUUGGCCUCGGUCGGGCAGUACAUCAUCGAAGAUAAUGAUGGGAACAUCGUCAUGCCCCAUCAAUGGAUGGAGGGCAAUCUGCCGGUAUCGGCAAAGUGCAUCGUUUGUGACAGAACGUGCGGUUCCGUGAUUAGGCUGCAGGAUUGGCGCUGUCUUUGGUGCCGCUCAACCGUUCAUACCGCAUGUAGACCUCGGGCUCUGGUAGCCUGUCCACUCGGACCGGCACGGGUAUCGGUGGUUCCGCCAAUAUCGCUCCAUUCAAUCGGAAUCGACGAUGCCUGGGACGUGUGCAAACCGCACGGUAGCUUCUCGCCGCUGCUGGUGUUCGUGAAUUCCAAAUCCGGUGACAACCAGGGCGUCAAGUUUCUGCGACGCUUCAAACAGCUGCUGAAUCCGGCGCAGGUGUUCGAUCUGAUCUUGAGCGGUCCGGGACUGGGACUGCGGCUGUUCCGUCACUUUGACCCAUUCCGGAUACUGAUUUGUUCGGGUGACGGUUCGGUCGGUUGGGUUCUCAGUGAAAUCGAUAAGCUAAAUAUGACGAAACAAUGCCAAAUAGCAGUGCUGCCACUCGGCACCGGAAACGAUUUGGCUCGGGUGCUGGGCUGGGGCAGCUCCUGCGAUGAUGACGCACAUUUACCGCAGCUGCUUGAGCGCUACGAACAGGCCAGCACCAAGAUGCUGGACAGGUGGAGCGUCAUGAUAUUUGAACGGGACAUCGGCAUCGUAGCUCCAACGCGCACCCCCAAGAUGUCCAUAUCGCACCACCCGGAUCCGGUAUUGUUUCAGUACGAGGAUGACGUGUUGGGUCACCUGCAGUUGAUUUUAAGCAACGACGAUACUUCUACCAUGGUCCAGGCCACCAGAGAUCUGUGUGUAGGCGUAAACGAGUUCAUCUCCAGGGUGAGAGAGAACAGCUCCGAAGAAGAGCAAUUAAGCAUCAAAUGUGAUAUUUUAAGACAAAAAUUAGGCAUGUUAUUAGAUACUCUGAAGGAAGAAGAAGCUGGUCUUCAUGGCGACGACGAAUUAUUUCGAACACUGAAAGAAAUUGCUCAAAAAAGUGCCUCAGAAAGACCAAUAGAUACCGAAUUCUCAACGCAUAGAAAAACCAUAGAAAAAAACGAAAAAGACAAGCUGAAUUCCAAAGAACGCACAAGUAGAAUCGACCGUUCGGAGAAGGAAGCACUUUUGUGUCGCGCCAACAGUCUGAAGCGAGCAAUACACGACGUGUUGAAGUACAGUGAGACCAGUGGUCUUUACGUACCUCCGAAGCGAAUGUCGAUACCGAUCAACAUACGAGGUGAGCCCCCAUCAAGUGGUUCGCCAAAUUUGACGGCAACUCAACAUCCGAUGCCGACGAUGUCUCCGUCGGUGUCAACCACGCGCCUUACCUGCAUAUCACCGCUGCCGGAUUUGCGUCGGGACUCGAUGGAUGAGCACUUUCUGAGCAGUGUCAACCUUCCGGUGCCGAAGCAAUUUGCCGACGGGGGAAGCCGUCGCAGCUCGGCCGUACCGGAGAAUUAUCGAAUCUCCAGCAUUGAGGAGCUGGAGGAGAACAGUAUUCAUGCAGAUAAAAACGAAGAAUUUGUGCUGACAGUGGAACAAAUCGCGAACAUCGAAGAAAAUGUAGACAAUCAAGCCAAAGACGAUAAGGAUGAUACGCUGAAUCAGAAGUCCACUACAACGACCACAUCGGAUUCGCAGUCAACCACCGCUCCGUACGACUUCUCCUUUGAGUCCGAUACGAAAACGGUAAAGUUUGAGUUGGACGCCAACAGUGCUUUCGAACGGCUCGGGUUCAAACCAUUCAAAAAGACCAUAGAACUGCACCAGCAACAACAACAGCAGCAGCAACAGCAACAGAAAUGUGAUUCCGCCUAUCUACAGUUUCAACCGAUCGAAGUUUAUGAACGGAAUCUGUAUCGCAAUCAGCUACAACAGCAGCAGCAACAUCAGAGGUCAACCAUCAGUCUCGGUCGACCACCACCGCUGCACAGUGAACCGACCUCGAGAAGCUCCAACACGCUGCAAGUGCCAAACAUCAAUCUACCGACCAUGGAGAAGCCACCGGAGAAUGCGUACUACAGCGAGAAUAUUACCAUAAUCGAUACGGAUAUGCCGGAGCGCUCCUCUUCGGACGAAAUCCCCGGCGAAGCCAGCGACGUACUGUCAGCCAUAAGCAACGAAGAAUGCAGUGUCACCUCGGAGAUAUUGGACAGACAAUCAGAGAACAAUUCUCAACUGCACAUAGCCGACCUAAUUCAGGAUCUCGACACGGACCGGUUCAGCCACAUCGACUCACCGGAAACGAGUGACACCACCGAAGCACUGCACGGGGAAAGCUUGAUGGACGACAUCAGCUCCGUACUGGGACAGGAUCUGCUGGGUGCACUACAGGACAAUACAAUCACCGAGGACACCACAACCCUCUGCACCCUGGAUCACACAAAAAGACGCAGUUUUAAAAAUAAACAGCAGCAGCAGCAACAACAACAACGAAUUGAAAACAUCGAGUUAGACCAGUUUGGUUUCGAGAAUCGGGUGUUCGAUAUCGACAACAGAUGUGACGAUCAGAAGGUCCGUGAACCAAGGUAUUGCAGCCUAGCGAAGUUCGUCGAAGGUAAUGAUAUUGCUAGGAAAAGUUUCAAGAGACCUGCUGGCAGGGGUCAUCCCAUCAGAAGCCUAGCCGCUAGAGCCUACAAUGUGCCGGAAAACGAAUACGUCAAUGCAAAAGCCCUCUGUGCCAACUUGCUACCUCCGCAAGGCUCACCAUCGGAUGUAUCCAUCUCGGACACCGAAACGGUCCAAACAUCGAAGAUCGGCUAUCGCAAGCUAAGCUCUUCGGCAACCAACGCCGACGAAGAGAGUUUAUCGGACGAAGAAGAAAAGGCUGACCAAUCGGACGAGGAUCACGACUCCGAAGGAGCCGUCGGUGGCGAAGAAUGUAAGGAUAAAAAUAAAUCGGAACCAAACUCACCAGAAAUUCCCGGAAUUCCAACAAUCAACGUGGUGGUCGAGCCUCCAUCACCGGCGAUGAGUGACGAACUGCGUUCGCUUCGGAUGCCGGAAAUUCGACGCCACUCAAGCCAUACGCCGAACAUGCUGGCACCACGCGAAGUCGAUAUCAAUCGACGCCACUCGGGUAAUAAUCCGAACUUGCUCGGUCUAGACUCGGAGCAUAUUCGGUUUUUGAACUGUUCACCGGCUGCCUCGCGGCGCAUCAGCAGUGGCAGUUUGUUGUUCAAGCCGGAGGCUCUCGGAAGCUCCAAAAGCAAUAUUUUUAGCUCCAACUUGGGCCUGUUCAACUUCGAAAGGGAUGUCGAAAGCAAAGAAAAGGAAGAUAAGAAGAAGGAUGAAAAAGAGGAGAAAGUAAAGAAACUACCCAUCAUCAAUCCUCUAGUCACGCUACCAUCAUGGCCGAACGUGAACAGUGGAUUCAUCUCCAAAUGCUUACUAGCCAAUGCAGAUACCCUGUGUGCAGCCGUGAGUCCCCUGAUGGAUCCAGAUGAAACUCUUAUGGAAGGCUAUCAGGAGAAGGCUGUUUUGAACAACUACUUUGGCAUAGGAAUCGAUGCAAAGAUUUCGUUAGAUUUUCAUUUGAAGCGCGAGGAACACCCGGAGAAGUGUCGAUCACGAGCGAAGAACUACAUGUGGUAUGGAGUGCUUGGCUCGAAGCAACUGCUACAGAAGACGUACAAAAAUUUGGAACAAAAGGUUCAAUUAGAAUGCGAUGGCCAACGAAUUCCGUUGCCCUCCCUUCAGGGUAUUGUAAUACUAAACAUUCCAAGCUUCAUGGGUGGUACGAACUUUUGGGGUAACAAAAAACAGGACGAUCUAUUUUUGGCACAAAGUUUCGACGAUCGUAUCCUGGAAGUAGUUGCCGUGUUCGGUUCCGUUCAGAUGGCCGCCUCCCGUUUGAUAAACAUCCAACAUCACCGAAUUGCUCAGUGCCAAAGUGUUCAAAUUAAUAUCUUAGGAGAAGAAUGCGUCCCUAUCCAAGUGGAUGGCGAAGCAUGGCUGCAACCUCCCGGCAUGAUAAGAAUCAUUCACAAGAAUCGAGUACAGAUGCUGUGCCGCAACCGAAACCUGGAGGUAUCGCUCAAGACUUGGCAGGAGAAACAACGGCAGCACAGCAUUUCGAUCGCACGGGACAAUCCCUCGACGGCAUCCGAACAUCUGGUAGCCCCCUCGGAAGAUAUAUUCUCCGAGCGAGAAACCUACCUGCUGCUGAACUUUAUCGAAUGCGUGGCCACCCUGGUCAAGUGGGUUAAAUUUUUGAUAAUAUCGCAUCCAUCGCUGCAACCGGAUUUGUAUGCAGUGGCCUCCAAAACGGCGGACGCUUUGGAAUCGAUUCAUCCCGGUGGCAAGAUUAUUGAUGGGCCUCAUUUGAGACGGCAACUGACGGAACUGGUUAAAUCGGCCCGACAGCUGUACGAGGACACGUGCGAUCUGCUGCGCGAGCGCAGCCACAGUCUCAUCCUGCGCGAAGAUCUCGAAACGAAGCUCAGCGUUUCGCUCGCCAACAUGGAGAUGGAACUGGGCAAAUGCAGCCUACAGCAGACAAACAGCGGUGAGACGAAAGUCUAUCUGAACGUACUGGCACCGAACGAGGACAGCGACCAUCACCACCGGAAGAAACAGAAACCGUUCUGGUUGCGAUUCCGGGGCCAUCACCAGCCCAGUAGCGGCGCCUGCAGUGCGGGAGCGAUUCCUACCCAGCGGGAUGCCGUCAGUAGCUGGGGGGUUGGCGAGGUGGUUACCUGGCUGGAGGCAAUGCAGCUGGCAGAGUACGCGGAUAGUUUUAUCAAAAACGACAUCCGAGGUAAGGAGCUGCUGACGCUGGCCAGACGUGACCUGAAGGAUCUGGGAGUCACCAAAGUGGGUCACGUGAAACGGAUCUUGCAAGCUAUCAAGGAUCUCGGAAGCGACGGUGGCUAA